AUGGAUUCCGACAAUGAAAACAGAAAUGAAAAAAAUGGUGAUCUGUCCAGGAACACUUUGGUCGCGAAAUGUGUAAUGAAAUCUAUAACACAUCCUUUGGACUAUGCUAGAUUUUUGGUUCAGAUUGGUCAUGAACCUAUGUCACCAUACAAUUAUAGAACUCUUCUUGGUGAACAACGUUUAAUUCUUCCUAAUUUAAUAACCUAUGCUAAGUAUAUUUAUUCAGUGGAUGGAUUUAAAGGAAUGUAUAUUGGAUUAGGUCCUAAGAUUUUAGGAAUUUGUAUUGAACAUUUUUCAUUUGUACUUGUAUCUGAUUACAUUAAAAGUGAUAAAAACUACAAUGUAGAUAAAGAUUCUGAUUUAGAAAUAUGGAAAAAAUGUGCAGUUAAUACAUCAAAAGAAAUAAUAUGUACAGCCACGAGUAUUGUAAUGAGCCAUCCCUUAUAUGUUGUUUCUAUGAGAAUGAUGGCUCAAUUUGUAGGUUAUGAACAUCGUUAUACUGUCGUGCUACAAUCACUUUCACUCAUUAAUCGUGAAGAAGGAGUAAAUGGUCUCUUUGCUGGAUUAAUUCCACGUCUAUUAGCUGGUUUAGGCACUGUCAUUCUUGUUAAUGUAGCAAAACAAGCAUUCUCACGUUAUUUGUUUGAUCCUUCACCCAUAGCUUUAAACAUAGCUGAUUUUGCUGCUUCGUAUUUAGCUAAUGCUGCUACAUAUCCUUUCAAUGUUGUAACCGCUUGUAUAGCAAUCAACAACUGCGGAUUAGCUGCUGGUAUGCCUCCAGAUAUGCCAGUAUUUGGAAAUUGGUUGGAAUGCAUGAGAUAUAUGUACAGGUUUGAUCAGUUGAACCGUGGCUCAUCAACUUGGUUCAGACGUGUACCGCAGGCACAACCAAAACUUUUAAAAUUACUUUAAUUUAGGCAACUUGCCAUUAAAAUAAUUUUAUGCUUAUUAUUAUUUAUAUGUCUA